AUGAAUAUAAAGAGAUAAGUGCCCUCAACUUCUUUCUUCGAUAUUUCAAAAGGCCCUCUAUGGUAAAAUACAACUGCUUCACGCAAUAUCAAUGAAUCUAUUUAAGAAAAUUUCUACAUUUAUUCAAGCAAACAUAAAAACUAUAAAAUAAAGACAUUGUAUUUGCAAAGUCAUUUCAUUUUUAGAAAAAAAAAGAAUGUAAUAAUAUUUCAUUAUAAUCAAAGGGUUAAAAUCAAAUAGCUGAUAUUCUCAAUGCAACUAUUUGUGAAAUUGAGCUACCUAAUUAUGGUGCAGGAAUAAGAAUUAUUAAAGCAGGUCAAAUUAUAGAAAUAUAUGGCAUGACAAUAACUUGGCUUCAAUAAUUAAGGUUUUAUUGUAUUCAGUAGGAUUUUGCCAACAAAUAUUCUAUCAUAAGGUUACUUGGCAAAGGUACAUUUGGCAAAGUAUUAAAUUAUUUUUUAAAUCUUAGGUGUUCAAAAUUAAAUCUAGAAUUACACAAUAAGACUUUGCUGUCAAAGUAUUUGAAAAAAAAGCCAUCUCUAACUAUCAAGAUUAUUUAUUAAUAACAAAAGAGCUUCAAAUUAUUCGAAAUCUAAAUCAUCCUGGAAUCACCAAAUUUUUUGAAACCUAUGAAAAUGAUGAACAUGUUUUUCUGAUUUAUGAAAUGGUAGAAUAAGGAGAAUUAUAUGCCUUUAUAAAAGAGAGAUAUCUUUCAGAAGAUGAAUCCUUAUUAAUUAUCAAACAACUAUUAUAAGCAGUCCUCUAUAUUCACUCUAAAGGAAUUUUACAUAGAGAUUUAAAACCUUCCAAUCUUCUAUUAAGAGAUAGAAACACUUUAUCAAUAGCAAUUGCAGAUUUUGGGUUAGCAGAAUUCUAUAGAGUUGAUGGAAAAUAUAUAUAUACUAGAUGUGGAACUCCUGGAUAUGUUGCUCCAGAAAUACUACAAGACAAAAUUUAUGAUUAUAAAAUAGAUAUUUAUAGUGCAGGUGUCAUUCUUUUUAUGAUGCUGAGUGGUGGGAAAUCUCCUUUCAAUAGCACAGAUCCAGAGGAGAGAUUGUAUUAAAAUUAUAAAAGUCUUAUAGAUUAUACUUUGGUUUCAAAUGUCUCUGAAGCAACAUAUAAUUUAUUAUAAAGUAUGCUUGAACCUGAUAAUAACAAAAGGAUAUCAGCAAGAGCUGCUUUAAAUCAUUAGGUUUUUCGAAAUAAUAGAGCAAGUAAGUGCUCUCUUGUAAUCAAGAAAAUUCCUAAAAGUAUUGAUAAAAUAACUACUCCAAGACUCAUAAUAAAUACAAAUAAUAAUUUAGAUAAAUAUUUAUAAUUAUCCCCAAAAUUAUAAAAUUUAUAAUCAAAACCAUAAAAUAAUAUGAAAUAGGAAGCUAUAAGACGAGGAUUUUAAAAAAUGUAAACAUUCUCUCAUAGAUCUCCUUAAUUAUCACCAAUAUAAUCUUAAACAAAAUUCGAACCAUUUCCUUGA